AGAGCUGCAACAGCCUAUCCCGGUGAGUUUGACAUUGUGGAGUACCUGUGGAAGCUUUUUGGGGAGAUCUUUCCUGUUAACAUGUGUUAAAAGUACUGGAAACAGACUCAACACUUACACUAGUUACAGUGACAUGUUUUGCAGAUCAGAAGCCAACAUGUCCGCAUAGUUUGCGUACAGAUAGCACUAUUUGUACAAAAUGUAUCUUCUAAGGGAUCUUAUAAAAUCUGUAUUGAGACAUCGCGGCGAGUGUCCAAUGAGUUAUAGUGCCGGCUAGAAUAAACUGUAGCUGCCCAACGACGUUACAACAGGGUAUGUCAACUCGGAGAUAGACCAACUCAGUUGCUUAAUUUCAUGUGUUGAUCGAAAUGCAAAUCAACCACAGACGUGGCAAUUGACAGAAACACCCUGUCACUGUAGUCUUAUUGACAGGACAAGGCUGGGCAAUCCAGAAGUGUUGAAAUAUUCGUUUGAAUCAGUACUCAUCCAUCCAAUGGUGAAUCAUUCUUGCUUAAAGUUUAUGAGAAUCCCAAAAAAAAGUAUUAUUUUUGCACCAUUUCACAGGAUCGUCCUCACGGCUAGGGUUAUGUAAGGGCUGGGUUGAUAGGAUCAGGAUGUGUUAUUCACCAGACUAUCUUUGGCUGUAAGAUAUGCUCUGAUUGGCUGCAUUCCUUGGCUUUUGAUUGGUUCCUAAGGAGCAAUACCUAUCAAUAGUGCAUGGAAGAGUGCAAAAAGAUGUGCAAAAAGAAUGUUAUUCAUGGUGGCAUUAACAUUGUGCAAAGAAUUCCUCAAAAACAUCCUGCCAGUACUGCAAAAAAUUCUUAUUAGCCUCGUUCCAACAACAGUGUUUAUUCAACUUCAACUAUAUAGAGGUAUCUUGUAGUUUGAUGAUGUAAAAAAAAAAGGUGCUGCAUCAGAAAACACUAGGUAAGGGACUAUAUGUAAAGGUGUAAUGUGUGAUUCGAGGGUUCUAAUGUUUCAGAUGGAUAGUGCUGACACACGUUACUUCUCUGAGGAGAAGUUUUACAUGGAGACCACUUGCUACAAUCAAACAGCUAUGGUACCUAUGACACAGGAGUAUUACACAGAAACCACUCACUACAACAAUUCUACAGCUAUGGCACAGGGGUUUUACAGUGAGGCCACUCACUACAACAACCCUACAGCUGUGGCACAGGAGUUUUACAGUGAGGCCACUCACUACAACAACUCGACACCUAUGGCACAUGAGUUUUACAGUGAGGCCACUCACUACAACAACUCUACACCUAUGGCACAUGAGUUUUACAGUGAGGCCACUCACUACAACAACUCUACACCUAUGGCACAUGAGUUUUACAGUGAGGCCACUCACUACAACAACUCUACACCUAUGGCACAUGAGUUUUACAGUGAGGCCACUCACUACAACAACUCUACACCUAUGGCACAGGGGUUUUACAGUGGGGCCACUUACUACAACAACUCUACACCUAUGGCACAGGAGUUUUACAGUGGGGCCACUUACUACAACAACCCUACAGCAAUGGAUCCUAUGGCACAGGGGUAUUACAUGGACACCCCUUACUACAACAACAACUCUUCAGAUAUGGCACAGGGGCAUUACAUGGAGACACCUUACUACUACUACAACAACCCUACAGCUACAUGUAUGGCCUCAAUGACACAGGAGCAUGCAUGCAUGGAUAUACCUUGGUACAACAACUACAACCAUACAGCUACAGUCCCCAUGGCACAGGACUACUACACGGAAACCCCUACCUACAGCAACAACAGCACAACUGUGGUCCCCCUGACACAGGAGUGGGUGUCCCAACUUCGUAUCAACGUGGACGAUGGUUACGGCUCAGUCUUGAUCAUGGAAAAGUUCCUCACAAGUCUCUCAGAAUGUGAGAGAGAAACACCUGCAUACAUGGAUGACUCUGUACAAGAGUGCACACCUGGAGUCGGUCAAAAUGAGGUGAGAUGGUCCAGUCAAUCAAGCAGCAAAUCUGGACAAGUGACCAGAUCUGAGAUGACCCAAAUCAAAGUGGCACCACCAGGUGACAUUGGACAGAAUUUCAGUGAUGACGAUGUGAAGUCUCCAGUCUGUUUGUCACAGUACGACAAGCAUGAAGGUGACGUAAAGGGACCUAAAGAGCUCCAGGAGGAUGAUCUCAUCAACAGCCUGGACAUUGAUGACUGGAUCAUGUUGUUAGGAAGUGAGGCGGGGACACUGUAUUAUUCUGAAGACGAGGAGAUGUCAGAGAUGUCAGAGGAGGUGACUAGAGACAGCGUUGGCGGUCCUGAUGGUGACAGCAUGGAGGAAAAACGGGCUUUCCCACCUCCCAGUAUCAUGUGCCAGGUAGACUGGUCAAUGAGCUGUCAGAUAGCACUGCACAGGAGAGUCAAAUCUUGGAUCAAAGUGAGUCAGACCGAAGUUCAGAUGAUCUGAAAGAGAUCAAGUUCUUGAAUCCAAUUGAGCUUGAUCAGCAGCCAUAUGGCAUGGAGGAUCUGAUAGAGAUCCAGCUCUGUGAUUUUGAUGAGCUAGAUUAUCAGUCAGACAGUGGUUCAGAGUAUCCAGAAGAGAUCCAGCUCUUGGAUCCCUUUGAGCUAGAUCAUCAGGCAGACAGAAGUUCAGAGGAUCCAGAAGAGUUCCAGCUCUUGGAUUUCAUUGAGCUAGAUCAUCAGGCAGACAGAAGUUUGGAGGAUCUGGAAGAAAUCCAGCACUGGGAUCCCUUUGACCUAGAUCAUCAGUCAGUCAGUGGUUCAGAGGAUCCAGAAGAGAUCCAGCUCUUGAAUGUCAUGGAGCUAGAUCAUCAGUCAGAUGGUACAGAUGAGACAUUUCAACUCCUGGAUCCUAUCGAGAUGCUGGUGCCGUGUGUCUGGCAGAACUGCGUCCCUCAGUACAGAGUUGUGAUAACAAAUAGACUGUCCCGGUACGACCUCUUCCACGGUCCCACACACCGUGUGCGAUCUCCCAGCUGCCCUCUGAUUGGUGCCCGUGGUGAUAGCAGGGCACGAAGCGUGUACAGUGAUGACACAGAGCCUCCUGCACUCCCACACGUGGCUGCAGAGCACCACCAGGUGAACAACAAUGUUGUGACGACCAAAGGGAAGUCAGUGAAGCUUGUGGCCCACAAGAGACAUUGCUGCAGCAGCCCCACAACCCCCCUGGUGAACCCUGCCAUACCUGGCUGCCUCUGUUGGCUUCUUCUCAUGGGUUUAGCCAGUCUUUUGGUCACCACAACUGAUGUGAAACAAAAGCUGGGUGAGCUCUUGGGAAAAAGAAGGCAGGGGCAGCCACACUACAGGCAACCUCACACACAACAGAACAGGUCUUACAUCAGCAAAUAUUCAAGAUGGAAGACUUCUCUGUUUUGUAUGAGGUUCCCAUGGCAACUGCUUAGUUGCCAGUUGCCAUAGAAACUGACAUGAACUAUCAUUCUGUCAGGGAUACCCAGUGGUUGCCCCAUUUCUCUUUGCACCUAUCAGUGUGAAUCCCACAGGUUGUCCUGACCUGUUAUGGACAGGGCAGCUUGCUGGGCAUCACACUGAUAGGUGCAAUCAAUUCCCCUUUAGUUUAGAACAAGUACGGUACUGCACUUGUUUCUGAAGUGUGUUGGACUUUUAGGUACGAUACACGUAUAAUGUGUUGAAUGCAACCUAAACUGUAAAAUGUUGCGUAAGGCUGUCAUGGUGAAGUAAGAAUUUUUGUCUGUAUUUUGUGCUCAGAUGUACUGUAAUACAGCUUUGAGGGGUGAUCAAUAUUACUUUACAGGUGACACACUUUUGAAAGUAAUAAUCAGUACCAUAAGGUGAGAGAGGACAAUUGAGCUGCAACCCGAGGUGUGCGGGUGAACUUCAGCUUCGCUAUGUCAGAUCUCCUUUAUUUCUAGUUAAAAAAACGAAGGAUUUCUUUUUCGUCUUUGUAGAUUUCAGAGCAAGAGUAACCUGACUCACAAAGCUCUGAUCAGUUUUCUCACCACUUAACUACUGAUUUUCACUAGGACAUCAACUGGAAAGUAAUGACCACAAUGCUUUGAAAUUCGGAGUGUAAUGAUAAAAGGCUGCAUAUUUUGUUGUCCCCGAAUUUGAGUUUUAUUUUUGGGUGAGGCUCAGAUCUUAUUGAUGACCCCUCAUAUUAUACAUCCAGUGGCAAGAGAAGAAUAUGGUUUGUUCCACAUGCCAUGUUAUGUGACACUAACACAUCGCAACUAAAUGUUUGUUGCCUUCCUACAAGUGUACUUGUUGUAGCAAUGAAGAAAUACAAAUGACACUGCAUGUCAACGGUUACGAGUCUCAUAUAUUUUCUGUCAGCAAUCACAUUUCCAUCCAAGAUUUCUUUGACACUUCCACAGACUAGAUAGAACAGAGUCAACAAUUUCUAAGUACUGCACACAAGUAGACUUUCCACAUUGUCCGACCAGCUUGUCUUACAAAUUCUACACGAAACACUAAAUAUAUAUUUCUCAGUACAUCAUAGUGGUCGAUUCCUGUGUCACAGAAGUAUAAUACGACACUUCAUAACACACGUGGGAACACAUCACUAAACAUCACUAAACAGAAAUGCCUUCUAUUGUAUGUACUGUCAUGUCCCUUUUAGUUAGGCAUAAUAUCUGUUCUUGUUUAUGCUAGUGAUACAAUAGUUAAUAUGCAGUAGUUUCCCAGUACAGUGUCAACACUAAUACUGUAAAUGUUGUCAGUCAACAAGUAUGAUACAACCCAAUAGAUAUGGCAGCUUUGUCAGUUUGACAAUGUAAAAUAAAAGUGCUAAAGCCCUAAAAAUGACAGAACUAAAAAAAAAAAACAUUCAACC